AUGUUUAACUGGGCCAAGCAACAACUUGCAAAUGUCGCAGGUACUCCUGAACCGGUCUACGGACCUUCAGCAGUGAGAUCUGUUGCAAAGCAAGCCGAGACUACUCCAUACACCGAAGUGUCGAGGAAUCAUUUGAAAUGGGAUGCUAUGGACUCUACCUGCGUUGAGACGCAGAUCUUCUAUCUCUUCGCACCAACGGGACAUAUUGCUUGGGUACAAGUCAUCUACAGCAAUGUCGUUGGUAUAAAGACAACAUGCCAAUUCAAUACGAAGAUCUUCUAUCCUAAGAGCGAAAAGAAGGAGAAUCUAUUUUGCUCGGACCCACUCAAGGACAUCGAUUUUAAUGAAGACAAGACAAGCUUCUAUGCCGAGAACCUCGCUGUUGAGUUAUCUGAAGAUGGGAAGUCAUACACAAUCAAGUCCAUGGUCAAUGACAAAUCGAUCGUGAAUGUCACUAUUUCCCAAGAAUCUCCAGGUUACUUGGUCGGUGAGGAUGGAAAAACAUAUUAUGGCACAAAUCCAAAGGAACCAUGGGGGUUUAUCAAGCAUGCAUUCUGGCCGAGAAAUACCGUUGAGGGCUCGAUCGUGACCAAGGAUGGUCCAGUUGACUUCAAGGGCAAGGCCCUGUUCAUUCAUGCGAAUCAAGCUAUGAAACCCCACCACGCUGCUGGAAAAUGGACCUUUGCCGAUUUCCAGGGAGAUCAUUAUUCUGCUAUUAUGAUGGAAUACAUCACUCCCCCAUCCUAUGGCUCGACCAAGAUCACUCUUGGAGGCUUGGUGAAGGACGGAGAGAUUAUAUGUGCGAACGCUUCUGGCACUGUCACGCAUACGAAGACCAAGGGUGAUUCUGUGAAUGACUGGCCAGAACCAGAGUCAGCAAAAUUUGAAUGGAUUGGAAAGGCCAAGGAUGGAAAGGAUGUAUCAGCUGUUAUCGAUGGCCCCCUCGAUGAGAGACUGGAUCGUGUUGAUGUGAUGGCACAUGUCCCAGGAUUUGUGAAACAGAUUGUAGCUGCAUCUGCUGGAACUAAGCCGUACAUUUACCAGUAUUCACCAGGAAAGUCGUCUCUGAAGAUCAAGGUUGGAGACGAGGAAGUAGUUGAGGAGGGUGUUCUAUACGCAGAGGCAACCUUCAUCUGUGCGUAA